CGUCUCAAGUGGGCCACUGUUUUCCAUGUUAAUCAAUUCAAAGUUGCGUUAGGGCGUACCAAACCAAGCGUCGAAAUACGGGGCGUUGCGUCAGUCCCGUGCAAAGAAUAGAAUAGAAUACGGGGCGUUGCGUCAGUCCCGUGCAUGAGCACGUGACUCCGACAUCCGACAGGAAAAGAUCCUCACCGUGUUUUCUUUCUUCGACCCUUUUCUAACGGGUGAAAAUACACACACUCUUGUUUCUAUUAGACCCUCCUCCUCAAUAUUUUAAACGAAACCCAUAAAUUUUCUCUUUCGAUUUGGCUUUUUUCUUGUGGGUUUUUGUCAAUUUCUUUUUAUUUGAGGUUAGAGUUUAAUUGAGCAAGAAACCUCGGAGAUGCAGCAAUCAGGGCAAAUGUUUCCAGUUACCCCUUCAUUUCCUCCUACUAACAUCACCACUGAGCAGAUUCAGAAGUACCUUGACGAGAACAAGAAGUUGAUAUUGGCAAUUGUGGACAAUCAAAAUCUUGGAAAACUCGCUGAAUGUGCCCAUUACCAGGCUCUACUUCAAAAGAAUUUGAUGUAUUUGGCUGCAAUUGCCGAUGCUCAAUCGCAGACACCUGCAAUGCCUCCCCAGAUGGUUCCUCACCCAGCAAUGCAACAAGGAGGGUUUUACAUGCAGCAUCCUCAAGCUGCAGGCAUAGGUCCACAGCCCGGUAUGUUUCCCCAAAGAACAUCCGUACAGUUCAAUAAUCUACAUCAAAUGCCAGACCAGCAGCAGCAUCUAUCCCAACACCACUCACAGCCACAAGCCAUGCAAGGUCACAUGGGUAUGCGUCCUGCUGGGCCUAGUAAUGGCAUGCACCCCACAAAUAACGAGUCUACUCUUGGAGGGAGUGGCCUGGUUUUGAAUUCCGGCCAUGGAGGAAAUAAGCAAGAUAACCCUGUUGAAGGGUCCUCUGGAGCCAAUGGUCAGGGAACCUCAGAUGCUGCACAUGGUGGCGGAGAUGGAGAGGAAGCUAAAUAAUGACCUUGUGAAAUAUCUGAAAUCGUCUCCUGUAGGAUUAGCGUCUUUCUUGUGGGGUUUUUGUCCGUUCAGCAACGUUCGGACAGGAAAGUUUGUAGUGUUCAAGUGGUAGCAAAGGUUUGAUGUUUUUCCUUUCUGGAUGGCUUUUUCUCUGAUUAGGGGAAGACAGUUUGGCUAUAAGCUUCAGCCCUGUUCUAUAAUAAUUUUGUAAUGAUUCUAGAUGUUUUAUAAACAGUAUGUUACUAGUACUAAUUUUCAUGUUGAUUAUAAACAUACAAACUUUUCAUGCUUUGAUAACA